AUGAAUUACAUUUUCGGAAAUAACACACUCCUCUAUUCUCGCGCCAGUCGAGGCAACACUAGCUCAAGCCACAGUUCUGUAGGCCCAAAGCACAAGCAGUGGGCAAAGAAAGGCUCGACAGAUGAGUUACGGAAUGAGCCUUCCCGUUGGCAGCAGAUAGUCGCAUUUUUCACUCGGAGACAUGGUUUCAUUGACUGCAUUUCUGUUGCUGCCAGCUCCACCCAGCCCACAGAAGCUGUUCCUUCCUCUUCUCCCAUUGUCCCUGUGAUCCCUGUCCCACCAGUCCCUGCUGAGACCACUGUCAUCCCAUCCACCGUACCACAGGCAAAUCCCCCUCCGGUGCUGGUGAAUACAGAUUCUUUGGAGACUCCAACAUACGUCAAUGGCACGGAUGCAGAUUAUGAGUAUGAAGAAAUUACUCUUGAAAGGGGAAAUUCAGGACUUGGCUUUAGCAUCGCAGGUGGUACAGACAACCCACAUAUUGGGGAUGAUUCAAGUAUUUUCAUUACAAAAAUUAUAGCCGGGGGUGCAGCUGCACAGGAUGGAAGAUUACGGGUUAACGAUUGUAUUCUACGAGUAAAUGAGGUGGAUGUUCGUGAUGUGACACACAGCAAAGCAGUUGAAGCAUUGAAAGAAGCGGGAUCAAUUGUACGAUUGUAUGUCAAAAGAAGAAAACCAGUCACAGAAAAAAUAGUGGAAAUCAAACUUGUAAAAGGCCCUAAAGGUCUUGGUUUCAGUAUUGCUGGUGGUGUAGGAAAUCAGCAUAUACCUGGAGACAACAGCAUCUAUGUAACCAAAAUCAUUGAAGGUGGAGCAGCACAUAAAGAUGGCAAACUUCAGAUUGGAGACAAACUUUUAGCUGUGAACAGUGUUUGCUUAGAAGAAGUUACUCAUGAAGAAGCAGUGACUGCCUUAAAAAACACAUCUGACUUUGUUUAUCUGAAAGUUGCAAAACCCACCAGCAUGUUCAUGAAUGACAGUUAUGCCCCUCCUGACAUCACAAACUCUUAUUCUCAGCCAGUGGAUAACCAUAUCACUCCAUCUGCCUACUUGGGACAGUCCUUGCCCCCAGCAUCACCAGGACGAUAUUCACCAAUUCCCAAGGGAAUGCUUGGAGAUGAUGAGAUUACCAGGGAGCCUAGAAAGGUCGUCCUGCAUCGAGGAUCAACAGGUCUUGGUUUCAACAUUGUUGGAGGAGAAGAUGGAGAAGGAAUUUUCAUUUCUUUCAUACUUGCAGGAGGGCCCGCUGACCUGAGCGGAGAGCUUAGGAAAGGAGAUCGUAUAAUUUCUGUAAAUGGAGUAGAUCUAAAAGCAGCAACCCAUGAACAGGCAGCAGCAGCCCUGAAGAACGCAGGCCAAGCAGUAACUAUCGUAGCUCAGUAUCGUCCAGAAGAAUACAGUCGUUUUGAAGCUAAAAUACAUGAUUUACGGGAACAGAUGAUGAACAGUAGCAUUAGUUCAGGAUCUGGAUCUUUGCGAACCAGCCAGAAGAGAUCCCUAUAUGUCAGAGCUCUUUUUGAUUAUGACAAGACUAAAGAUAGCGGCCUUCCAAGUCAAGGAUUGAACUUCAAAUUUGGCGAUAUUCUCCAUGUCAUUAAUGCUUCUGAUGAUGAAUGGUGGCAAGCACGGCAGGUAACUCCAGAUGGAGAAAGUGAUGAAAUUGGAGUUAUCCCAAGCAAACGCAGAGUUGAGAAAAAAGAACGAGCCCGUUUAAAGACAGUGAAAUUCAAUUCCAAAGCAAGAGGAGAUAAAGGGGAGGUCCCUGACGACAUGGGAUCAAAAGGCCUGAAGCAUGUAACCUCUAAUGCCAGCGAUAGUGAAAGUAGUUACCUUAUCUUGAUUACAGAUGAGUACGGUUGUUCAAAAGGUGGCCAAGAGGAAUAUGUCUUGUCAUAUGAACCAGUCAAUCAACAAGAAGUCAGUUACACUCGACCUGUGAUUGUUUUGGGACCCAUGAAAGACAGAAUAAAUGAUGAUCUGAUCUCAGAAUUUCCAGACAAAUUUGGCUCGUGUGUUCCACAUACUACUAGACCAAAACGAGAUUAUGAGGUGGAUGGACGUGAUUACCAUUUUGUCACUUCUCGAGAGCAAAUGGAGAAGGAUAUUCAGGAUCACAAAUUCAUUGAAGCUGGCCAGUACAAUAAUCAUCUUUAUGGAACAAGUGUCCAAUCAGUGCGAGAAGUAGCAGAAAAGGGUAAACAUUGCAUUCUUGAUGUUUCUGGUAAUGCGAUCAAAAGGUUGCAGAUUGCCCAGCUGUACCCAAUCUCCAUUUUUAUUAAACCCAAAGCAGUGGAAAAUAUCAUGGAAAUGAAUAAACGCUUAACGGAAGAGCAAGCCAGGAAGACAUUUGAGAGAGCCAUGAAACUGGAGCAAGAAUUUACUGAACACUUCACAGCUAUUGUCCAAGGAGACACACUGGAAGAAAUCUACAACCAAGUGAAACAGAUCAUAGAGGAACAGUCUGGGCCUUACAUCUGGGUUCCAGCAAAGGAAAAAUUAUGAAAACAGAUUUUUAUUUUUCAUUUUCUAACUGACAUCACCUACUACAUCUGACGACUCUAAGCCCUUCCAGUGGAGCCUGCCUCUAGUUCUUUCCAGCGUGGUUCAUACCCUAACCAUCACAUUCUGCAGUUCCCAUGAUGCUUUACAUUUGGUGUCUCUCUUAGUUUAAAUAAUUUGUAUUGUGUGUUGUUGGUUUGCCAUUUUUCUAACAUGACAGUGGAAUGGCCUGACCAGCUAUUAGUUUGGGGUGGGGGUGGGAGGGAAUUGCUUGGUAAAAUUCCUUAAUGUUUAAGGGAAAGUAACUUUCAAAGAUUUUUCAAAAAAGCUUUAUAGACAUUCUUUUAAAAUUUCAUAACAACUGAAAGAAAAGUUGUAUUCAAGGAAGUUGUAAAUCAUGAGUAACU